AUGGCUUCAAGACAUAAUCUCAUCGAGACGCUGGAUUCGAUCAACAAGUCGACCUUCGACGGCGACGAGAACUCCCGCGCGGCAGCUACCAUAGCAGCUAAAAAGUUGUUCCAGAGGCUAGAGGCGCCAUGGGAGCGUAUGUACGAGGAAGUCCUCGUUCAGCCCAUGCGAAUGAUGGCCGUCAAGAUCGCUUCCGAUGUCAAAUUGUGGGCGUGUCUGGAUUCGAUGCCGCAGACGUGCGCUCAACUGGCGCAGAAGACCGGCACGGACAAGGGCUUUCUCCAGCGUAUACUCCGAGUUCUGGUCGCCAUGACUUACGUCGAAGAGACAGAUCUUGAUGCAUAUGUCGAGACGGAGCUCUCCAAAACCCUCAAGGAACCGGAGGGCCUGAGCCGCGGUCUGGACGUGUACUGUAUGGCGAGUCUCAAGCAAAUAGAGCAUGGGCCAGAAUUUUUCAGGCGAACCGGGUACAAAAUCUCAGAGGACAUGAGCCAAGCGGCUUGCAAGUGGGUGAUGGGGAUGCCCGAAUACGAAGGCGGAAUUUGGGAGAUGAUGGACGAGAUCGGGUGGACUCCAAAGUUCAACUCGUUCCUGUCUGGGAUGAGGACCUCGCAGCCUUCGUGGGCACCUUUGUGGCCAGUCAAGGAAAAGCUGCUUGAUGGCUGGGAUGGAAAGUCGGUGCUCCUUGUUGAUGUUGGUGGUGGUAAAGGUCGAGACCUCUCCAAUCUCGCUGCGACAAUUGACGAAACUCACCCGGGUGCGAGACUUGUGCUGCAAGAUCGACCGAGCGUGCUUGAGGAGGCCAAGGCAUCGGGGAUGCAUCGACAAAUCGAGACGAUGCCGCAUGAUUUCUUCCAGCCCAAUCCCGUUCAUGGUGCCAGAGCGUAUUUUGAGCAUGCCGUGGUUCAUGACUGGCCGGACAAGGAGGCCCGUCAGAUCCUGAUGCAGAUGAAGUCUGGUAUGCUGCCAGGUUAUGGCAAAAUACUGUUGAUGGAAACUAUCAUGCCUGCUAGGGCGAAGAACGUGGACUCUAAAUUGGCGUGCAUUGACAUGCAGAUGGGCAUGAACUUUUGCGCUCUGGAGAGGACGGAGGAGCAGUGGAAGGCGCUGCUGGAGAGCGUGGGGCUGAGAUAUGUCGGACAUCAGCCAGUCUACGGGAACACUUGUAUGAUCGAGGCGGAGCUGCCAUAG